AAGUGAAGCUGCACGACAAAUCCGGCAUCCUGCACACGUGAUGAGAUCAAAGGCCUCGCAGCUGCAGUACUUCUGAGCAGGACAGUCACGUUGGCGAUUGGAACAUGCCCCCCGCAGCAGCAGCCAAUCUGGGUUACACCCCACCAGAUGGAGGCUACGGCUGGGCUGUCGUUUUCGGCUCUUUCAUCUCUAUAGGAUUCUCCUAUGCAUUUCCCAAGUCCCUCACAAUCUAUUUCAAGGAGAUUCAGGAUUUUUUCUCAGUUUCCUACAGUCAGAUUGCCUGGGUUUCCUCAGUCAUGCUUGCUUCAAUGUAUGCAGCAGGGCCUGUCAGCAGCAUAUUGGUGAACCGCUACGGGAGCAGACCGGUGGUCAUGGUUGGAGGCCUCAUGGUGUGCACAGGCAUGGUGCUUGCAUCUUUUGGCACUUCCAUCAUUCAUCUGUAUCUUUGUGUUGGAGUCAUUGGAGGUUUUGGUCUUGCCUUCAACCUGCAGCCGGCCCUGACGAUCAUCGGCACUUACUUCCAGGCCAAAAGGCCGCUGGCGAACGGACUGGCGAUGACGGGAAGCCCGGUUCUGCUGUCCACUCUGGCUCCCCUCAAUCAGUUUCUCUUUGACUCUUUUGGCUGGAAAGGAAGCUUUCUCAUCCUGGGAUCUAUUGUUCUGAACUGCUGCGUAGCCGGCGCUCUGAUGAGACCAGUCAACAAAAGUGUCAAACCGAAGCCAAACAACGGAUCAGCAAAGUGUAACGGGGCAGAGGCCGGGGAGGCGGCCGCUGCGGACCCCGGCGUGCAGCCGGCUCCCCGUCUGAGCGAGGAAAAACAAAAUGAGAGCAACUGUCAGGGCUGCGUGAACAAAUUCAUCGACUUCUCACUCUUCAAACAUCGGGGCUUCCUCAUUUACCUCGUCGGUAAUGUGGUGAUGUUUUUCGGUUUCUUCGCGCCUGUGGUUUUUCUGACUCCCUACGCCAAAGACAUGGGGGUGGAUGAAUAUUCAGCGGCUUUCUUGCUUUCUAUUUUUGCUCUGGUGGACAUGUUCAUCAGACCAGUAACGGGCCUUCUUGGCAACACCAAGUGGAUCCGGCCGAGAAUACAAUAUUUCUUCAGCUUCGCCGUUUCCUACAAUGGCGUGUGUCACCUGCUGUGCCCUCUGGCCUCCGGGUACACGGGUCUGGUCGUGUACGCCGUCUUCUUCGGUUUGGCCUUCGGGAUGCUCUCCGCGCUGCUCUUUGAAGUCUUGAUGGACCUUGUCGGAGCUCAGCGUUUCUCCACUGCGGUUGGACUUGUCACCAUUAUCGAGUGCGCUCCAGUGCUUCUUGGACCUCCACUCUCAGGCGCUCUGGUUGAUAUUUUUGGAGAUUAUAAAUACAUGUACUUCGCUUGUGGCGUCCUCAUGCUGGUGCCUGGGAUAUUUUUCUUCAUCAUGCAUUAUUACAACUACAAGAAACUGGAUGAGGAGCGCGAGCGGAGCGCGGCGGCAAAGAGGAGGACUUCUGAAGAGUGCGUACAACUCGAACUGGACAGAGACGACAAACCAAUGGAUGAGCCAGACGAGUGAAACUUCUCACUCUGAUAUUCAGAAACCACUUUUAAUUUUUUUAAAGUUGUAUUUUAAUAGUUGAAAUGGAUUUUAAAAGAGUAUUUUGUACUUCAGAAUAUUUUUGAAUCGUGUGAAUCGUGUGUUUUGUGUAAUGUUGAUGGAUAUUUAAUGUAUGCUGCCAUUUAACAUCAUGUAAUGCCUCUAGCUCUUAUGAUCAUUGGUCAUAAAUCAUCCCCAACCGGUCACGUUGCUUCUGGUGCAAUCAUCCUAAUGGAUCCAUAAAUUACUUUUUUUUUUUUUUUCUUUCAAGAGGAAGUGAAAAACCCUCUGGGAUGCUUUAACCCACAGCUCUGGGCCAUUACACAUGUGCUUUUAUCAUUAUCUCACCACAAGAUGGCAGUGAAUCCCAUCAUGUGAGUGCAACAAGCCAUAUCUUCUCCAUUAAACUGCAAUUAAACAACAAGGUGGUCAUGGGUGGUUUAGGACUUCACAGCCUUACUCUCAGUGAUCUGGGUCAGGACUCUUGUUUCAGAAGGAAAAUUUUAAGAACGUGCACAGCGAUUAUAAAUAUCAGUCAUGAAGACUGUGAAGUUUCCCUGCAAAUGUCUGAUUCUGCCUGUACCAACCACUGCUGGAGCCUUAAAAAUCUCCAUUCUUCACAUUCUGGUUUACAAUAAAAUACAUUUUCAUUGUCAGGGAUCACAAAAAGUGUUUCACUGCAGCAUUGCUUUAGCACGCUCAUAAAAAUUCACUAUGAAGUUGUGGAAAUGUUUCAGACUGAUCUUUUAAGUAAGUCUGCAGAACCCCGUGUGCAUUUAAUAACAAGAGCGAAUUUGCAUGU